UGAUUAUUUAAUUUUUUCCCUUCAAUUACGUACAUAAUUUCUACAUGAUAUACGUGAUUAGUUUUCAUUAUAAUUUUUCAGAAAAGAAUUUAAUUCUAGCACUUUAAAUACUAUUAUCAAAAUGUAUCCAAGAGAAGAAGCCGAAGUCGUCAAAAUGUUAGCAAAGUAUCGUAACUUGCCAGUAACAAAGAAAGAUGUUGUCGACGCACUGAAAAUGUACAGGAGUCUUAUUUAUAAAUUGGAAAAAUUUGUUUUCAAUGACGGCGUCGUUAAAGACUUGUUUAACUUGCAAGGAACAAUCCCAGUUAAUUAUAAAAAUAAUACUUAUCAUAUACCGAUAUGCAUAUGGCUUAUGGACACUCACCCAGAUAACGCUCCAAUUUGUUAUGUCAAGCCGACAUCGCAAAUGCAAAUAAAAGUAUCUAUGUUCGUUGAUCACAAUGGAAAAAUUUAUUUACCAUAUUUACACGACUGGUCUCCAUCUAAUUCCGACCUUCUAGGUCUUAUUGAGGUUAUGAUAGUGACUUUUGGAGAACAACCACCAGUUUAUUCAAAGCCUAAAGAAUAUUCAAGUGGGACAACAGGGAAUGCAUUUGGAAUGCCGCAACCUCCACCUACUUUUGGAAGUAUACCACCAUAUCCAAAUCAUUUUUCACAAUCUACUAGCAGCGGACAAAGGUAUCCUCCUAUGACGUAUAUGACAGGUGGCAAUACAAACAGCAACAUGCCUUAUCCUUCGCCAUUUUAUUUUCCACCUAUACCUCAAGCCGGUUACAAUUCUCCAUAUAACCCGCAAAAACCGAAUCAGACUGGGACAAUAACAGAAGAACAUAUUAAAGCUUCAUUAAUAAGUGCUGUCGAGGACAAACUGCGAAGACGUGUCCAAGAAAGAGUAAACCAAUGCCAAGCGGAAAUCGACACUCUAAAUAGAACUAAGCAAGAACUUAGAGAAGGACGAACUAAAAUUGAAAGCAUUAUCAAAAACCUCACAAAGGAAGAAAUUGAAAUUCAAAAAAACAUCAGUAUUUUAAAAGAAAAGGAAGAAGAACUAGUCAAAUCGCUUGAGUGUUUAGAUGUAGAAAAUAAAAUGGAUGUUGAUGAAGCUGUUGUAACCACAGCCCCCCUAUAUAAGCAACUUCUUAAUGCUUAUGCUGAAGAAGCCUCAAUCGAAGACGCAAUAUAUUAUUUAGGAGAAGGUUUUCGAACGGGUGUUAUUGAUUUAGAAGUGUUCUUGAAGCAUGUAAGGUCGCUAUCUAGGAAACAAUUUAUGUUGCGUGCCAUUAUGCAAAAAUGUCGUCAAAAAGCUGGUUUGGCUGGCUAACAAUGCUUCAUUAACCUGUUUUGUAUAUCCAACACAUAUACAAAGUUGAAUCAGAAUAAUUUAGCAACAUUUUCUGAAAAAAAAAAUUAAAUUAUUUUGUUAUUACAAUACAAUUGUUCAUUGUUCAAAAUGUGUGAGUUAUGUGAAAUUUUUAUAAAUAAAAAACAAAUUUCAUAUUCUCAA